AUGACGACCGUCGAGUCCAACGGCCACGAAUGGGUCGUCCCGAUCCGCUACAGCCGCUUCCACGAGUUUUUUGGCCAGCUCGUCAAGAUGGACCGGCACGCGGCGGCGCUCCCCUUUCCGCAAAAGGUGCUCUUCACGCCGUCCAACGCCACGCGCAUGCGCCAGCUCCACGACUUCAUGCAGCAGCUCGCUACCGCGCUUCCGACACUCUCGGACGACGGUCUUCGACUCGUCCACGAUCUCCUUGAUGUCGAUGCAAACACGAUCGUCGAGCAGCCCCAUGAGCCUGAGCUGGAAGAAGACACCGUGGUGCCGCUUGUUGUGCAGCCCGAUGCCAUGAACCAAGUGCCUUCGAUCGACGACGUCCUUGCCGUCAAGCCGAUAGUGGCCAAGCCAUUGAAGAAGAAGGCCAAGAAGCCCACAAAGACCAAGGUCGAGUCGCCGCCCGCGGUCCGCGCGGUGGCGCUCACGUACACGGUGAUGCUGUCGCCUGUCAUGAUCUUUGUCACGGUCGUCCAGUCGCUUUUUUGGGUCGCGUCGGCGUUGUUGCCAGCGCCCAAGGUCAAGGCCGCGGCGUAGCCCAACCCAACGUCGUAUUUAUGCAGCGGGCCAUUCCCAACCUUUACAGCGGACAGGCGCGGCCGACGGUAGCCACGCACAGCGCCCUCUAGAAGCGUGGGAUGCGGAGUAAGCCCCAAAAUCAAAAUCCACCAUCUCCCUCGGGCGAUUGCUAC